UGGGUGGAUGGAUGGAUGAAUGCUGGAGUGGGGAUGAUGGAUGGAGGGAUGAAUGGACUGAUCGAUAAAUUAAAAUUACGACUGCUGUGGCGGAGUGAGGGAAAAAUCCCUCAAAGAUGAAGGAAAAGCAACGCACACAAAAAAAAAAAAAAAGCCGCCCUCGCCAAUAAAAACUCCCUCAGAUAGACUCUCCCGCAAACUUCUCGUAGCAAGUGCGAACAGGAGAGUGGCUGUAAAUUCUUUUCUUCCAUCUCCCCUUCCUGUAAAACGAGCGGCUUUCCCGAUACGCGUGUCCAUGUAGUGCCGGUAUCUUGAUGAUGACUUCGCCCGUCAUAAAAAAGAUGAAUGCAUCGUUUUUCCCGAUGGACGUCGUGAUGAAUAACUAACGUGGAUUUUUUCCCCUUUUUUUUUUUUUGUAAUCAAUUAGUAGUGGAGCGGUGCAGGAGUCGAUCCUUGAAGGCAGCCUCGUGAUUGGCGCAGGCGUCCAGCUCGUGGCGUUCCCAGCUCCUAUAUAAAGCCGAGCGAACCGAAACUCGGACUGAGCAUCGGUGCCGUCUUGCCUGACAUGCGAGUCCAAAGCACAGUGAGGGAGUAGCGCAGCCUUGUAAAAGAGCAGCCUCACUCCUCGUUCAUUUCUUUCCAUUCAGCCCUCCUUCCUCUUUUCUUUCCUCUUCUUCUUAUUUUGAAUUACUCGCGGAGGCUCGGCCGUCUCUUUGCGAUCACUUGUGACAUCUUCGCCGGGGAGACGAUGCCUCUGAGGACGGGACUUUUCCUCCUGAUGCUGCUCAACGCAUCUGCAUACGAGCUGGAUCAAAACGAGUCCUAUCCGUCCAGGAGAGCACGCUUCUCGGCCAACAGCCCUUCAGAUGUGGCGCGCUGUCUCAACGGUGCCCUCCAAGUUGGCUGCGGGGCCUUCGCCUGCCUGGAAAACUCAACGUGCGACACAGAUGGCAUGCAUGACAUCUGCAAGUCCUUCCUGUACAGUGCUGCUAAAUUUGACACUCAGGGUAAAGCAUUUGUGAAAGAGAGCCUUAAGUGCAUUGCCAAUGGCGUCACCUCCAAGGUGUUCCCGACCAUCCGUCGCUGCUCCACAUUCCAAAGAAUGAUAUCCGAAGUCCAAGAGGAGUGCUACAGCAAACUGGAUAUCUGCACGGUCGCCCGGACCAAUCCAGACGCUAUCGGCGAGGUGGCUCAGCUAACGUGUUUUUAUGGCCUCAGGUUCUACGGGAGGCUGCUGCAGAGCCUGAUGGACUGUGACGAGGACACGGUGGAGCGCGUCAGGGCCAGCAUGGUGUCUCGGAUGGGCCCGGAGAUGACCAUGCUGAUACAGCUCCUGCAGAACAAACCGUGCGCGUCCACGGCCGAGGCGGCGGCCGCCGCCGCCACCCCGACCGGAGCGGAGGCUCGCGGGAGCUGGCGCUGGUCCGUGGGACCCCCUAUGUACAAGAUCCAGCCUAAUCUGCGAAACAGAGACCCUGCCGGUCAUUUUGGCAAAAAGCGCUCAGCCAGUGACAGCUCCUAACUUCUUCUUUGCACUCCAAGUCCGAAUCGCUCCUCUAUUCCCUCGGGGUGACCCCAUUCAUUCCCCCACUCGUCUGGGAGUUAUACAAAUAUGCACCUCCAGGGAAUGCUGGACCGCCCCGAGAGUUGAUUCGAUUGUUGCUAUAUUGUAUAUCCAACGUUUAAGGCUUGAGAGAUCCCUCCACCCACCCCCCUCCAUCCAUCACUCCCGCAGCCUUGUUCACUCUUCAUCUCCUCCAGAUGAGAUGAAUCCUUAAAAGGUCUUCAUGCCAAGUACAAAAAAAGAAGAAAAAAAAAACAGCCAUUGUGGUUUCUAUCUCUAGAGUAGGGGUUUCUCAAACUUCUAAGGGAGAAGAGCCCCCCCCCCCUUAAAAUUCCAAUGCCAUUUAAAACUAACGACCAUGUGUGUUAAAUGCCAUACAAAGUAAAAAAAUUGCCUAUUUUUGAGAACAAAUGUCAUAAUAGGAGAAUUUUUUUU